CACUACAAAGUAAAUUUUUUUUUUUUGAUCUUGAGAUUUUCUGAGUCUUAUGUUAAUGGAUUUUUCUUUUUUCCUCACAAUUUUUGCUACUGCUACAAUAAGCUUCUUCAUCAUUUUUAGAAAAUUCAGAAUCCAUCAAGAAAACAAAAACGUGGGUUCUUCUUCUACAUCUUCUCCAUCUUCUUCAACAUCUCCUCCAACUCUUCUAUCUGCUUUGACUUCCAACUGGACUCACCAUGUCUUUCCGAGCUUUCGUGGGGAAGACGUUCGCAGAAACUUUCUAAGUCACAUUCAAAAAGAAUUUCAAAGAAAAGGAAUUACUCUUUUCAUUGAUAAUGCGAUUAAGAGAGGAGAAUCCAUCGGUACUGAACUCACUAAAGCCAUUAGAGGAUCUAAGAUCGCUAUUGUCUUACUCUCGAAGAACUAUGCUUCUUCAAAGUGGUGUCUUGACGAAUUGGUGGAGAUUAUGAAAUGCAAGAAAGAGUUUGGUUUAACAGUGUUUGCCAUUUUCUGUGAAGUUGAUCCAUCUCAUGUUAUAAAGCUGACUGGAGAAUUUGGAACUGCUUUUAAGAAAAGUUGUAAGGGAAGAACAAAGGAGAACAUUAGCAGAUGGAGACAAGCUUUUAAGGAAGUAGCUACAAUUGCUGGUUAUGAUUCAAACAACUGGGAAAGUGAAGCUGCCAUGAUUGAAGAAAUUGUCACUGAAAUUUCCAAAAGAUUGAUUAGUUACACACCAUCAAGUGAUCUUGAUGGUUUAGUUGGGAUGGGAGAUCAUAUACAAAAGAUGAAACAAUUGCUUUGCUUAGACUCAACAAAUGAAAGGAGGAAGGUUGGGAUUUUAGGUCCUUCUGGAAUCGGUAAGAGCACCAUUGCUAGAGUUCUACAUAAUCAAAUCUCUGAUGGUUUUCAACUGAGUGUUUUUAUGAAAUUCAAACCAAGUUAUGCAAGACCAAUUUGUUCUGAUGAUCACGAUGUGAAGUUGCAAUUAGAGCAACAAUUUCUAUCUCAAUUAUUUAACCAAAAGGAUAUCAAGAUUCAUCAUUUAGGAACUGCACAAAACUUUGUGAUGGGGAAGAAAGUUCUUAUUGUUCUUGAUGGGGUGGAUCAAUUAGUACAAUUACGUGUCUUGCCAAAAGCGGUAUGCCUUGGUCCUGGAUCUCGGAUUAUCAUCACAACACAAGACCAAAAACUUUUGAAGGCAUUUCAGAUCAAACAUAUUUACAAUGUGGAUUUUCCACCGGAUGAUGAGGCUCUUCAAAUCUUCUGCAUGAAUGCUUUUGGUCAAGAUUCCCCAUAUGGUGGUUUCGAGGAUCUUGCUAUGAAAGUUACAAUACUUGCAGGUAAUCUCCCUUUGGGACUUAGGGUUAUGGGUUCUUAUUUCCGAGGAAUGUCUAAGGAAGAGUGGAAACGUGAAUUACCAAGGUUAAGGGUUCACCUUGAUGAAGAAAUUGGGAGCACUUUAAGGUUUAGUUACAAUGCUUUGAAUGAUGAAGACAAAGAUUUAUUUCUUCACAUAGCAUGUUUUUUUAACGAUGAAGGCAUCAAUUGUACCUUUGAAGAUACUCUUUGUCACAUAUUCUCGGACGUGCAGCAAGGGCUUCAUGUCUUAGUUCAGAAAUCUCUCAUAUCCGAAGAGAUAUUUUCACCGAUGCAUAAUUUACUAGUUCUAUUGGGUAGAGAAAUUGUUCGUAAGCAAUCGCUUUAUGAGCCUGGGAAACGUCAAUUUUUAGUUAAUGCGAGAGAGAUUUGGGAAGUUCUCACUCAUCAUACAGGUAGUAAAAGUGUUGUAGGGAUAAAUUUGAACAUUUCUUCGAUUGUGGACGAAUUAAUUAUAAGUGAGAAAGCUUUUGAAGAAAUGCCCAAUCUUCAAUUUUUGAGAUUCUCUAAUGAUGUUUGUUAUAGUACCAAGAGAUUGCACUUACCACAAGGUCUAGACUAUCUACCUCCAAAACUAAGAAUUCUGCACUGGCAUUAUUAUCCGAUGACAUGUUUGCCUUCUAACUUUAAUCCGAAGUUCCUUGUCAAGAUAAUAUUGAAAGAAAGUAAGCUCGAGAAAUUGUGGGAAGGAUUUCAACCGCUUAUCAAUCUCAAGGUGAUGGAUUUGGAAUCUUCAAAAAAUUUAAAGGAGCUUCCUUAUCUCUCAACGGCCACUAAUCUCUUAAAAUUGGAUCUUGUUGGAUGCUCAAGUCUAGUGGAGCUUCCUUCCUCUAUUGGGAAUGCUACUAAUCUUUGGAACUUAAAUUUGCAACAUUGCUCAAGUUUAGUAAAGCUCCCCUCCUCCAUUGGAAAUAUCAUUAAUCUCCAAGAAUUAGAUCUCUAUUGCUGCUCAAGUCUGGUGGAGCUUCCGUUUUCUAUUGGAAAUUGCAUCAAUCUCCAGGAAUUGGAUCUCUAUGGCUGCUCAAGUUUGGUUAAGCUUCCCUUUUCUAUUGAAAAUUGCUUUAAUCUCCAGGAGUUGCAUCUCAAUAGAUGCUCAAGUCUAAUGGAGCUUCCGUCUUCUAUUGGAAAUAAUGUUAAUCUCCAAAAAUUAUGUCUUAAUGAAUGUUUAAGCCUAGUGAAGCUUCCCUCCUCCAUUGGAAAUAUCAUUAAUCUCCAAGAAUUGGAUCUUUAUUGCUGCUCAAGUUUGGUGGAACUUCCGUUUUCUAUUGGAAAUUGCAUUAAUCUCCAGGAAUUGGAUCUCUAUGGUUGCUCAAAUCUGGUUAAGCUUCCGUAUUCUAUUGGAAAAUGCAUUAAUCUCCAAGAAUUGGAUAUGAAUAGAUGCUCAAGCCUAAUGGAGAUUCCGCUCUCUAUUGGAAAUAAUGUUAAUCUCGAGAUAUUGUGUCUCGAUGAAUGCUCAAGUAUAUUGGAGCUUCCGUUUUCUAUUGGAAAUUGUAUUAAUCUCCGAGAAUUGUGUCUCAAUGAAUGCUCAAGUCUAGUGAAGCUUCCGCUUUCUAUUGGAAAUUGCCGGAAUCUCCUAAAAUUGGAUCUUUAUAAUUGUUCAAGUCUAGUGGAGCUUCCGUUUUCUAUCGGAAAUUGCAUUAAUCUCUUAAAAUUGAAUCUUGUUUGUUGCUCAAGUCUAGUGGAGCUUCCAUUUUCUAUAGGAAAUUGUAUUAAUCUUCAGGAAAUGGAUCUCUAUGGCUGCUCAAGUCUGGUGGAGCUUCCUAUUUCAAUUGGCAAUUGCAUGAAUCUCCAAAAAAUCGAUCUCUAUAACUGCUCAAGUUUGAUAGAGCUUCCAUUUUCUAUUGGAAAUUGCAUUAAUCUACAAGAAUUGGAACUCAAGAGAUGCUCAAAUCUAACAAGGCUUCCGUCCUCUAUUGGAAAGAACGUUAAUCUCCAGAAAUUGUAUCUCAAUGAUUGCUCAAGUCUGGUGGAGCUUCCAUUUUCUAUUGGAAAUUGCAUUAAUCUCUACCAAUUAGAACUCAUGAGAUGCUCAAGUCUAAUGGGGCUUCCAUCCUCUAUUGGCAAUAACAUUAAUCUCCAGAAAUUGCUUCUCAAUGAAUGUUCAAGUCUGGUGGAGCUUCCAUUUUCUAUUGGAAAUUGCAUUAAUCUCCAAGAAUUGGAUCUCUAUAACUGCUCAAGUCUGGUGGAGCUUCCGUUUUCAAUUGGAAAGAUCGUUAAUCUCCAGAAAUUGAAUCUAAGUGGAUGCUCAAUUCUAGUGGAGCUUCCCUCCUCUGUUGGAAACCUCCAUAUGUUAAUGACGUUGAGUUUGCAAGGAUGCUCAAAGAUAGAAGUUAUUCCAAUCAACAUCGUAUUGGAUUCUCUAGAAAAACUUGAUGUCACUGGUUGUUCGCAAUUAAUAAGUUUUCCGGUGAUUUCUACAAACAUUAAACAGCUUAUGCUAUGUGGAACUUUGGUAAAAGAAUUUCCCUUGUGGAUCAAGUCAUGCUCUCGACUUCAUGACUUGCGCGUAACAUUCUGGAAAGACCUUGAAAAAUUCUCACAUGUUUUUGACAUCAUCACAGAACUGGAGUUGAGAGAUACAAGAAUAGAAGAAGUUCCUGCAUGGGUCAAUGGAAUGUCUCGUUUACGUCGACUUGUACUCAACAAAUGCACAAAGCUGGUAUCACUUCGACAUCUUCCCGGUUCCUUAAAAUAUGUAGAUGCGGUGAACUGUGAGUCCUUGGAGACACUUGCUUGCUCCUUUCCCAAUCCGGAGGUUUGUCUCAAAUUUAUUGACUGCUGGAAACUGAAUGAAAAUGGGAGAGACAUCAUCAUCCAGACAUCAACAAGUGAAUAUGCGAUUUUGUCAGGUAGAGAAGUGCCUGUGUUCUUCACUUAUCGAGCUACCAUUGGAGGUUCUUUGGUAAUGAAGUUGAAUCAGAGGCGUUUUCCUACAUGUUUGAGAUUUAAGGCUUGCAUCUUGCUGGUUAGAAAGGGUAACAAAUCUGAUUAUGAGGAAUGUGAGUCAGUAUAUCUUACCAUCGUAGACAAACAGAGUGGUCACAAUUAUUAUUCAGAAAGCCUAAAUCUAAAUCCACUUUUAACGGAGCAUCUGUACAUAUUCGAAGGUGAAGUAAAAAAUCUGGAAUCCAUAGAGAUUUUCUUCAAGUUCGAAGUCGACAGUGAAAAAUGGGAAAUAGGUGAAUGCGGGAUACGCCCACUCUUGUAGGAGGACACUCAUGUCGAAGGUUCUAUAGUGACGUGAUAAUAUUGUCUAUUUCCAUAUUCUGUUUGUAGGUUUGUAAUUAACACAGUUUCCUUCUUCUUUUUAUUUCUCUGUUUAAUUUUUUUUGUAACAGAUGGUGUUCAAAUCGGAAUCAUUAAACAUGUCUCUACUGUGAGAAAUCAACCAAAGUUUAAGUCGGAUUCA